ACGGUGUUGGUGGUGUGUGUGGGCCGCCGCGGGGAGGAGAGGCAGGCCCCGUGGAGGACAGUGGGUGGCGGCCCGCGGGUGACUAAUUAUACCCUUGAUGGUGGUUAGGAGGCGAGGCGGGUGUGCAGGCCAGGCUGGGAGGACGAGUAAUUAGUGAGGACCGCCGGAAACUAUAUAACAAGUUUACGGGAAGGACGGCCGACAGCCCCAACACCGUGCAGAUCGCCCCGUUUUCCUCCUCUAGCCUCCUAGCCCACUCCUCUCUGCCUAUUACCAUCACUACUCAAGCAGAGACAGACGGCUGAUUGACAGAGCCUCGCCAGUAGCUCCAUGGAGGCCCCCGUGGACUCCGACAGUGAGGAUGGAAGCGAUGAGUCCCUGUUGCUGCUGGAGGAGUAUGAGGAGGAGGUGGACAUCAACAUACACUUCCACUGCGAGCACUGCGUCAAGAUGGGCCGCUGUCAGGAGCGCCCCAAGCCAGGCUGGGCGUGCGACAUUGAUUACUGUCCCAACGGCUGCGGUCACAGAUUCCACGUCUGCAAAACCAGCGAGCACCGCCUCAUGUGCAGCCACGAGCGAGUGCCGUGCAUCAACGCGGGGUACGGCUGCCCUCUGUGGAUGCAGCGGAGGUACAUUGCCGAGCACCUGCCCUUCUGCCCGGCCUCGGUGGUCAUCUGCAAUGCCGAGUGGAACCGCUGGGCGCUGGGGGCCAAGGAGAGGGAGAAGGUGGCCAUGACCAAAGGAAUUACUGCUCUCUAUAACCCUGCUGACUUAGACAUGUGUCUAGCACUCCAUGACCAAGAACUUGUCAACGAGAUGCAGAGGAUGCCAAAGCGACUGCGCUCAACCCUGUGUAACCAGAUCACGCGACGCUUCCCCUGCCUGCCGCUCACCAUCCGAGGGUCGCGCCACCACACCUCCAACAAAAACUUUAACGACCACAAAGUAGCGCAUUCCACGGCGGAGGAGGAGGAGGACGACCUAACACCAGGUUUAUCUGUGUCUGUGUGUAUUGAGCUUUUACGAGGCAAGAAAUCUGUGUUGCCUUGUCCAGACAGUGAGUCCAGAGAUGCUGCUUUGCCACCCACUCCCUCCCCCACCUCUCCAGACCCCUCGGAGGACCCCGACGACACCCAGGGCGACGGCAGGAGGAAACACAGCCAGCAUAACGCACUGCCCACCAAGGAUGACAUCGCCUCCAUCUGCUGCACCCACGAGAUCAUCAAGAACAUCUGUCUGUUUUGCCGGGACGACCCCGACGAGCCAGACUUCAAGAUGGGCAAGGUGUGGCGCGAGCACCUGCUCCUCAAGAACCCGGGGGAGGUCCGAUGGGUGGUGGAGCCCUGCGUGGAGAAGGUCAGGAAGCGCAACCAGUUUGGGAUGUUCGCCUACAAGCGUUACGAUGAGUCUGACGAGGAUGAGGAGGAGGAGGGCAACACCACCACCCUGGACAAGAUGAACCUGAUCUUCGACGAGCACGGCCAUCCCAUGGGGAAGAGGCCCAGGUUCCAGACGCCCCCGCCGGCGCCCAUCACCCCCAAGGGCCUCACCAUGGAGCUGACCCUGAAGCAUUACUCCCGGCACCAGACCAAACCGAGGGCCAUGUUCACCUUCCAGUGCAUGCAGGAACUCCGCCGCUCCGAGUACAGCAGCCACUACCAGAACAUGCACAGUGAGAUCCAGGAGGGCAUGGACGGCUGGCUCGUCCACCGCUGCCCCCUGCAUGUCUUCGGCUGCCCCUUCAUCUACGACCGCCUCCAUCCGGGACAGAAGGACGCAGAUGUGGUGUACUCCCAGAGCCUCAAAGCCUUCGGUGUCCGUCCCAAGCUGGAGUAUGAGGCGGCUGCGUGUGGUGGUUUGCCCAGGUCUCGGUCCCCCAGCGUAGAGAAGACCACCAAGGCGUUCGGGCAGCUGCGCCUCACCCCCAUGCAGAGGGCCAGGAGGAGCGGCAAGGAGUCCCCCUCGGAGCAGUACCUGGCCUCCAGCAUCCACCUCACCUACCUGCCCAUUGAGGUGCUCCAGAUGAUUGCUGUUUACCUGGAUGGAUUCAGCCUCAACAGUUUGUCGCAGACGUGCCGGCUGAUGCGUGACGUGUGCUUGUCCUUGCUGAACGAGCGCGGGCUGGUCAUCAUCGAGUGGGUGCGGCACAUUGAGGACAACAAGGUCAGGUGGAAGCCAGGCAACAAGCGUCGCUUCUUCAGCAAAGCGUUUGAACACGUGCACACCUGGGGCUUCAAGGACGUGACCCACAUGGCGAACCAUUUAGAAGUCUGCAAGUUUAACAAGAGACACAUUGCUGAACAGAAAUUUGCUUACAUUCUGCCGAGAAAAGACGGAACGAUUCCAGACAUUUUACGCACGUGUCGGGUAUGACCACAGGCAGCUCCUAGUGGCCCCCGGAGGCAGGCUGGUGCUGGGGGAGGGUGAGGAGCUCUGCCGGAAGAGCUUGAGGUGACGCUGGUGAAGGGAGCAGCCCACGGGCCUGCCCACCCCACUCCCUCUGGUCAUCCCCCACCCGCCACACUGUCACCGCCCACCCGGCCCCUCGACUUGCCUCCCACCCGUGCCUUGCCCAGUUUUGGGAACGAGCCCUUCAAAAUGGUCCAUUAUAAUUCUUCAUGGCAGUGAAAUCCAGUGACAAAGUACAACACUGCAUGGGAAGGUCCUGCUGUUGCCAUGUUGUAGCGCCUCUGCCUCUGUGUGUUGCUUCAUCAGGGCCCGGCAACACACAGCAUGAAAACUGUGAUUCAUGGAAUUUAGAGGAUUACUCUGAAGACUGAAUUGCAGAGACAUUGUGCAUGUGUUUCCAUCCACUGGCUUGUGGGUACAUGUUCAAACAGAAAGGUACAUAUUAUUAUACCAUCAAUACUCUCAAGACUUUUCCCAGAGCAGAGUUGCUUUAAGAUGUGCAAUGCUUUCUUGUUAUAGAGCUUUGCAUUCAAAUGCUUCAUAAUAACUGGGCAUCUUAUGCUUGAUGAUCAAACUCAUUAAGGCUUGUGAUAAGUAGCAUAGAUUCAAGUCUAACCAGCAUACGUAGACCUCAUGCCAAGGGCUUUGUUUUGUGGCCCACACAGCAACUCACACUUGCAGUAGACAAUGCUGACAAGUAGUUGUAGGAAAAUUUGGAUUUAACCGUUGAUGUUGGCAGAAGUGUUUCCAUCCACAGGCUCGUGGCCACGGUGAGGCUGGCCGUGGCCAAGACUGACACCCUCCGUGGCUUUGCUUGUUAGACAAGUUGAUACUUGAUGUCAGUUUUUUUCGCACGUAAAGUUAUGAGUUUCAGCGACUCGGCUACUAAGUUCCAUCAUUCAGCAAAGUAUUAAAACAGUAUACUUAAGUAAUUAGUAACUUUCAAAAUGCAGCCGUUCAAGGAUAAUUAGUAACUUUCUAUCAGUGUAAUACAAAGCAAAAUCUAAUCUAAGAUCAGUUUGCCAAAGGAAUGAAUUUAAUCUUCGCCUUUACCAGUAUUAUAAAUUUCUGACAAUUAGUCACUUACAAAUAAUGAAAACAGCGGGAGAGCUGGAGCAGGUAUGUCAAACCACAAGUGUGUCCUUAAGAAACUUGCUGCACAGCAAACUCAGAUUCACAGUUUUGUCUUAUAAAAGAACUGAUGCAGAGUUCAAGCAACACAGAACCCCUCAUGCAGUGUGAGGAAACCAAAGGCUUAUAUUAGAACAGAGACUCAGUCCCUCCUGCCCAUCAUGUACUGUGUUAUAGCAAGACAACUGAUCCCCUAACAUUAGGUAUUUGAUGUCAUCUUCCUCUACCACAUAGCAGUAACAGAAGACUUAUUUGCUUCAUCCCUUCACGAGACUGAGUAAGGCAGCUGUGAUAUUAUUAUGUCUCCUUAGGUGUGGCUUUAUUCUGGAGAAAGCAAACCAUGGCUAUGGUGAUAAUUCUCAGUACCGACCCUCCCGGAUGGAAAACAUUUUGUUGCAGCGCAUGAACACUAGACGGCCGUAAAUAUUUUGUGGCCCUCUGAUAGGUUAAUGACUUUGCCUCUGCUUUCUAAAACUAAUUUGAAUAUGAGAAGCAACAGUUGUAUCACCAAGGCUAAUGCUGCUACAAACAAUAACAGUACCGUGUACAUGCUGAAGUAGUUGAGGUCUGCAUAGUUUGGCCAUGACACACACAAGUAAGUGUGCUCUAACAUAGUUGUUGAAGGACUGACAAAAUGUUACAUAAAGACAAAAAAAGGCUGUCAUUGGUACAUAAUAAGUUGAGAAAGCUUGAGAACAAAGACAAGGGUUUUAAAGUGAGCCAGAGAAGACUUGAUUGAACAUUUUUCUAAGCGACUGUUUCAUCAGAUUUUUUAGUUCAGCAGAGAAGAGAAAUCUGAAAGCUUAAGUGGCAGAUGAAAAAUUGUCCUUUUUGGUCUUUGUUUGCAUCUUGGACACUUUGGUCCCUCCAGGAGCAACUCCAGACGGAGUGGCAGGGACUGCAGAACAGUAACCGUUACCCAGAGAGCUCCUAACUAAAGGUUGUUCUUAGUAAUGUCAAAGAAUAUGCAAUUUGUUCAUCAGAGUAUUUGUAGAAAUGAGGGUUUUAAGAUAUAAUAUUUUUCUGCUGCUUUCAAUCAAUACAUUAUUUGUUGGGCCUCAAAUACGUAAUGGUGACCUGAUAAUGUAAUUAUGGUGAUUUAUUCUGAGGUUUUCAAGACACGUGAAAACUUGUUGAGCAGCAGCUUGUUGUGCUGCCGCUGGUGCACACACCGGCCACCCCAGGACUCCUGAGGCUCAAGACUGGCCUGUGGGACUGAGGAACAGCCUGUCAGCCGUGGGGUCAGCUCCAUGCUGCUGUUUUGUGCUCAUUUUGUACUGUUUUGAAAUGGAGUUUUGUAGCAGUCAUAAUUUUUAGAACACUAAAGUCACAUGAUGCAUUUGGAUGCAUUUUUAUAUUAAGUGAAAGUCAUUUUGCAUUUUAGGAAGUUUUGUAUUUAGUCUUAAAUGAUAAUCCUUUGAUGAUAAUCUCUCUGCAAAUGUUAUGCCUUAAAGUUAUUGGUGUCAAAUGACAGGAUCAUAUUUAGAGAUACUUAUUGAAGAAUACACCAAGUGAAAUAUGUAGUAAUUGCCAUGGGUCAUCAGGCUCAUCAGGGUAUUAUGGAAGUUUGCAGCAUUAUCAUAAAAGUCUUGGUGUGAAUGCUUGGUAGUUUGUGUGGCCUAGAAUGAGGGAGCUGGCUGGCCCGGGGCGGCAGGGUCGGCUCACUGUGAUACGUUACUCAGUCUCUCAGUCACUUUGCUCAUUGUCAACCACUCCGGGUCUGAAAUAAUUCCUUUAACCAGUGAAAACCAAGAAGUAUGUACUGUUCUGUUUGGUACGCUUAUGUUCAGACGCUGCAUUUGUUUACGUUAGAACUUCCUUAAAUUAGGUAAUGAUGUUAUACUUUUUGUUUUACUUGGUGAGCUUUAGUCUUAGCAUUAUGAUUUUUGCCUAGCAUGUGAUCGUUACCGUCACACAACCUUCCUUCAGAGGUGAGGUGGAAUGUCACAAAAAGGCCUCAGAUGUGACUGUUUUUCCUGUAUUCAGAGCAGGCACAUCACAGGGUCUUCUUUUAUACAGUUUAGAAAGCAGCUCAAGGGCAGUAAAGCUAAACAUAAAAGCCUGUUAAGCAUGGCGAGGGCAAGGGUGAGACUUAAGCGUAACUUCUCUGGCAGCAACUGUAAAUGUUCCUAAGGGUUGAUUGAGGUCAUAAUGUCCAGUCACCAACCUUAGUCUAGCAUGGUGCAGGAGCCUCGUCCAUAUGCAUCAACGCUCACAGGAAGAUAGAGACAUGUUUUCCAAGUCCCCGUGUCUCAGGGAUUGUUAUGUGCAGUUGUUGACAGAGUUAUCCAUCCUACUCUAAGCUCAUUGUGACGUGAUGGCCCUUUUCCAGGUGGUGAGUCUCUUUUCCUCUCCUUUCUCUCCUUUCCUCCUCUUCUCUCCUUUCGCUCCUUUUUCUCCUUUCCUCCUUUCUCUCCUCUCCCUCCUUUCCUCCCUAGCAAGUCAUCUAUUACUUCCUCUCCCCUGCCCUCUCUCUCCACUCCCCUGCCCUCUCCCUCCACUCCCCUCUCUCCCUCCCUCUCCCCAGCCCUCCCUUCCCCUCCCAUCACCCCCCAUCCUAGACUCACCACAGAGGAUGGGCCCAGCAAGUCACAGUGUAGUAAGGUAGACUGAUAUUUUUGCCCAUAAAUGUACAUAUCUAGGAAAGUUCAUCCUCCUCUUGGCCUUCACCACAGCCCGGCCAGCCCAAGAAGUUUACUGUGGGACUGUUUUGUUUAGACUGACCUGUACAAUCACUUACAUGGCAGCUUUUUUUUCAUGAUUCCUGCUAUUUUUAUGUUAGCCUCAGUUUCCUAAUUUUAUGUCAUGUUUUUACCAGUAAGGGCUCAAGAAGAUAUUAACAGGGAUGAAUAUAGAGUAUGUGGUACCGCAGGUCAUUGGUUCUGACUUCCCAGGGACCUCAGACCAGUGUUGAUGAUAGCGUGUGCUCAGAGGGAGGCAAUAGUGAAGACAGGUUCCUUGAGCUGCUCCCCUAAAGCCCCGUUCACACUGUGCUGACUCUGGGCCAUGACAACACAGCGACUCAGGGUACACAAGGUCUUGGGUGUGCAAUGUUGAUGUGAAAGGGUCGCACAUCGUUGGAAAGAGGUCUAGAAACGAUCGCUGGAUGUUAAUUCAGCCUGAAAGUCGCUGGGUUGUUGUGGCUCAGAGUCGGCACAGCGUGAAGGGUGUUUGGACGUGAAGGUCCCUGUGGCUACAUACAAAACCUGCAUUUCUGUCACUUUGUUCCUGGUUGUUGGGCCCUAGACUGUGGCCUGUGUGUUGAGUAAUAGUAAUUUCUUGAGGCAGGUAUUAGUGCUCUGGUCUUUAGAAUUUAUGUGUUAUUGAUCUUUAUUUAUCUGUAUACACGUCGGCCAAGGUUAUCCCUUAAGUUUCUAUUUUUUAUUGAGGUAAUCAAAUAAUUAGUAAAUUUUAAGCAUUUGGUUCUGUGAUCAAAUGAUGAGGUUAACUGAUGAUGUGCUAGCUCUACAUUGUCCUCACAUCCUUCCUCUCUCUAAUGUUCUACCUCCAGCCUGAGAUAUUAGCACUCGACACAGACUCAGCCAUUAGGUAUUUGUGAGGACUUUGUUCCCCUGGUUCUUCCCUGCACUGGUCGGCACACUGCUGCACACCCUCCAGACUGUCAGACUCGCGGCUCCUCCCUGAGCAAGGAGUUCCUCGGCUGUUCUGCUCACCUGCCGGGACUUUUGGGGCUCUCUUAGUAUAGAAUUAUAAUCAGCUUUAUUAAGUUAUUAAGAAUGGUGCAAAUAAAUAAUAUAUUUUAA